GAAUGCUCUUAAGGCUCGCAAAUUCUGUUAAAACGGGAUAAGAAAAAAAGAAAUUAGUACGGGAGCUAUGAUGGCGAUGUCUCUGCAACAACGGCCACUGCCUUUCUUCAAUGGAAGUCUCCUAUUUUCAUCUUCUAAUCGUCAGUUUCCUCACCGCUCUACCACCAUCUUCAGGUGGAGCUUUGGAAGAGAUCAAGGUUCAAGUCUAGUUACCAGUAGAACCAAGGGACGAGCAUUUCGAAUCUUGGCCAAUCCUAAUGUAUCUUCAGGUAAAGGAAAUUCAGGUAAAGAAGUCAUCAUGGUUGACCCUUUGGAAGCAAAACGAUUAGCUGCCAAACAAAUGGUACAAAUUAAAGCUAAAGAGAAAGCAAAGAGGAGACGCCAAAUUGAAGCGAUUAAUGGGGCGUGGGCAAUGAUUGGUCUCACAGCAGGCUUAGUUAUCGAAGCUCAAACGGGAAAAGGUAUUCUGGAACAGCUGGCUGGUUAUUUGUGGGCGAUCGUCCACAUUUUUGUGCGAUAAGCUUGUGGAAUUUGCUCACGAUUUGGGAGAAGUAACCUCUUAUUGAAACAAUGUUUCUUUUCCCUAAUGCGAAACUUGUAAGAUCAUCAAACAGUUCCAUCAUAUUUGGCUUUGUAAGAUUUUUAUUUCUACGUCCCCAGCUUCUCACGAACUCGAUUAUAACAACUGUAAUCAUUCUUUAUAGCAAAUGGCAUCAUUAUUUCCAGUUUCAAUAGAAGGUCCAUAAGUUGUAAACUUAAUCUUUGUACUUUAAUUUGAUCAAUUUGAAUCGUUGCACUUUUCUAUUUGUUCAA